ACGGGUGCAACAGUAACCCAAGCGCGGCGAGACCCGCAAUCGGUGUCGAUUUACGGGGUCGAUUUAAGACUCUAUACCCAGUCUCGAUACCCAGCCACACCUACAACCGAAAGAAAAGGAAAGCUAAGCGAGCUAGUCGUUGCAGAACACACAAAAUGGUUUAGUGAGCGAACCGACAUGGAUGAGAAUCCUAUCAAGUUUUGGACAAAAGCAACCAGUCAAGAAGUCUUUCCAACACUUUACCGGCUUCACCUUCGUUUUUUUUCUGCUCCUGCAACAACGGCCGAAGCAGAAAGGUUAUUCUCGUCGGCGAAAAAUAUUCUCACAGAUAAUAGGAAAUUACAGAACGCAGAAAAUUUUUCCAAACUUCUUAUUUUGCAACAGAAUGUAAAAUUGAUGGGGUUUCAUCAACAAAAUUCAAAAAAUAAUUAA